AUGAUCUUCGCGACGUUUUUCGGGUCUUGUCUGUGUAUAGCUUUAAUAGUAGCGUCUUUGGGAACUACGCAUUGGGUGGAUGCGAGGGCGAGGCGGCUAUCCAAUCCUUUGGAAUCGGAGGGACGGAUCAGUUUUGGUCUGUUCGAAGGGCAUAAGGAACUAAAUUAUGCAUAUGGAUGGAGGCUCCAUGAUUUAAGCAUAAAAGCGGGUACCCAUCCAGCUCGUAGAUGGGCAUGGUGUGGAACAGCCGCACAAUUAGCGGUAGCGUUAGCGGCCUCUGCCGGCGCGUGUAUACUCGCGGCUCUGGGCUCUGCGGCAAAGACGAGAUGCUCACCACGACCGCUUUUGAUAUGUAAUGGGGCUGUUGUGCUGUUCACUUUGGGUGCGAUGGCGGUAUGGUUGACGGAAUUCUUCCUCAGGCUUCAACACAACGUCAUGUCUGAUGAAGACCUGGCUAACACCUGGACUUCCGAUAUGACGGCUGAUCUUGGACUGUCUUUUUGGUUGGUAGUAGCAUCUUCGAUAGCAGCUUUCGUAAAUAAUGUAUGUAUUCUCAUCGCGGCGACAGACGGGCGUGAUGCAGACACCAUUGCGCCGGCCUUAGAGGAGAAGGUCAAUGGAGCUAUCAUGUUAUAU